AUGGUCACUGCCGCAGCCAGCUGGUCACUGCCGCACCCAGCUGGUCACUGCCGCACCCAGCUGGUCACUGCCGCACCCAGCUGGUCACUGCCGCACCCAGCUGGUCACUGCCGCACCCAGCUGGUCACUGCCGCACCCAGUAGGUCACUGCCGCACCCAGCUGGUCACUGCCGCACCCAGCUGGUCACUGCCGCACCCAGCUGGUCACUGCCGCACCCAGCUGGUCACUGCCGCACCCAGCUGGUCACUGCCGCACCCAGCUGGUCACUGCCGCACCCAGCUGGUCACUGCCGCACCCAGCUGGUCACUGUCGCACCCAGCUGGUCACUGCCGCACCCAGCUGGUAACUGCCGCACCCAGCUGGUCACUGCCGCACCCAGCUGGUCACUGCCGCACCCAGCUGGUCACUGCCGCACCCAGCUGGUCACUGCCGCACCCAGCUGGUCACUGCCGCACCCAGCUGGUCACUGCCGCACCCAGCUGGUCACUGCCGCACCCAGCUGGUCACUGCCGCACCCAGCUGGUCACUGCCGCACCCAGCUGGUCACUGCCGAGCUGGUCACAAGUGUUACAACCAUUAUCAAGUCGACUGUGAUAAUGGUCUACAGUGGUCUUGGUAAUGGUCCACAGUUGUCUUGGUAA